AUGAUCGGGUCCCCGGACCUGCUGCCCUUCACCGGCAGCGGUGGGUUCGAGGAGGAGGGAGAGGAACCGCAGGCUCAGAACCUGCCGGAGGAGUUCUCCGUGCCUCUUUUACCUCCUUCUAACCCCUGGAGCACCGCGGCACAGUUUCACCGGGACUUCAUACUGGUGGCUGAAUUCUCAGAACAGGUUGGCCCAAAGCCCGUCCUGACGAUACCAAAUGACGCCCAGGUCAUCGGCUCUUUUGACCUCAACCAUUUCUCCGUGCGCAUCAUGUCUGUGGACUACCAGGCGUCGGGGCCAGGCCACAGCCCCCCCGCUUCGCCCGGACCCCGGCUGAACUUCAGCGAGGACUCCAGGGUGAUCCUGGGAGAUUCGGCCGAAGACGCCUUUGCGUACGUUCAUCACCUGACCCUGUACGACCUGGAGGCGCGGGGAAUGGUGCGACCCUUCUGCAUGGCCUACGUCUGUUCGGACCAGACCAAGCUGAUGGAGAACUUUGCCGAGCUGUCCGAGGGUUUUUCCCAGGCCUCUGACAGCCUGAAGACGGGAAACAGGCAAGCCUUCUCCGCAGAGCUGCAAAGAAAACUGCAGGAGCUCGAGUACAGACGGUGGACCCUGCUGCAGGAAACAGAUCUCCAGAAGACAGCAGACGGAGCCACAGAAGCGGAAGGGAGAUCGGAUGAGCUCGAAGCUUUAGAGCAUUCAAUCAGAAACCACCGAGAGCUCCUUCGCCAGGUCACAUCUUACCCAAACAGGAAGCUCAAGCAGCCUGACUUCCUGCCCUACGACCCGGCCGACUCCCUCACAGACCUGACCUCCGAGCCAUCCUCUCCCAUCCUCUCUUCCUCCUGCCGGUCUGACCAGCUUCUGAAGCCGUUGGAGGAGCUCUGCAACUUCUACUUCCUGUCCCUGAUGAGAAACCAGCUCGCGGACACGGAGCACCGUCUGCGUGGCGACCGGAGCGUCCUGCGGACUUCUCGCGUAGCGCAGACGCUGUCCAGGAGGCUGAAACUUACAAACUUCCUGUUUGAACUGUGCUGCCCGGUGGAUGCUGAGGAGGAGGAUGAGGGGGAGGAGGAGGAAGAGCAGAGGGUGUCGGGGAGAAUGAUGGGUGCUGUGGAUGGUGACGCAGAAAAGCACGACGGAGAGUCGUUCUCCUGCGUGGAAGAGAUCCAGAUAAAGAUGGAGGCGGGAGACGGCGGGCGGGCGACCCCCGAACCCGACGCGGCCACGGAGAUGAUGGGCAGCACGAGCAGCAGCGACAGCAUCGAAGUUCUCGGGACCGAGAAGUCGUAUCAGGCUCAGCAUGAGGUGGCUGUGUCGGACAGCAGAGAAGCACCAGCGGCCGACGUUUGCCUCCGGCGGGCGGCGGUGGAAGUGCGGCGCGUGCGGGCCUACGCCAGGCGUGCCAACAGCGAGGACAGCAUCGAAGUGCUCAGCACCACUGAGUCCAUCGUCCCUGAGGACCUCACCGCCAUCACGGAGGAAGAAGCCGAGGAUCGCUGUCUUCCCAACGGGCUUGAGGAGGACGACGAACUGCAGGCUGGGGGUAGAUCCGACGAAGCUCUGAAGGAAGAAAAGAUGACGAACUGUGCUACUUCAGAGAAGGAAAGUGAAGAACCGGGUGGAGGAGGAGAUGCUUUAGAAGAGAUAGUGGUCAGUGUUGGUGUGCCAGUUAAAGAUGAUUCACUUGCAGAGAAGAAGAUAAACGACGUCCAAGAUGCUACCUCAGAGAAGACGUAUAAACUCCCCCAAGCUGAAGAAGCCGUGGCGGUGAGGCCGAAGAAGACGAGGCCCGUGCUUGACCUCCAUUUCAAAAUGGCCGCUCCCCUCGCCCUGGUGGAGGUUGGUCUCCGCCCCCCACCCCGCGCUCCUCAGAGGCUGCUCAGUGCGGACGACGUGUCCGACUGCACCAGCUUCACCAGCAACUCGGAGCCGCCGUCUCCCACCACUGCCGAUCUCACCAAAACACGCGUGGACAAGAGGAGGAGGAGGAGGAGGGCCGGACUCCGGGCCCUCAGGUUCAUCAAGCAGCUCUCGUUCUCCCAGCAUGCCAUCUUCUGUCUGCUGAGCGGCCGGCCGCUGGUCGUCGCGGGAGGAGACGAAAGGUUUGUGAGGAAGCUGGUGGACGGUUUGAGGCUCUUCCUGCCGGCCCCUGGUCCUGAUGGGAGCGCCGUGAUGCCGUGUUUGAACGCGCCCCUUCAGCUGACCGACCUGCUCACCUGGAGGCUGAUAGGAGUACACAGAUCCUCCUCCAGCGCAUCCUCCGCCAUUAUUCAGUCUCUGACUCCACUCAGCCGCUACGUCGCUCUGCUGGACCUCGACCAGAAGACGCUUCGCUGUCCUCCGUAUUCGGGAUCCCUCAUCAACGUCCUGGCCGAUCCCCACGCCGGCUUCGGCCGGGGCACCACCUACCUGCUGCACCUGGAGAGCUGCCUGACGGCGCUGGCCAAUCAGGCGCUGCUGCGCGCCUUCACACCUGCCUCCCAGCGUCCGACAGCCGCUGCGGGACCCGCGGCCGCGGAAAAGGAUGGCCAGCGUCUGCUGGGACUCUGCAGCAGUGAGAGUGACUUUAGAGUCAUGCAUCACCUGUCUGACGUCAUCACGCGGCGCUACACCGGACGGCCAGCGGUGCUCAGGUUUUGGUACAAAUCAGCGCAGCUUCACAGAAAUACACACGCGACGUAGACUCGAGGAGUUGCUGAACGAAGUGCCUCAAUUUCAACUAACCAGCUGCUAGACAUGUUUCACACAGGACUGCUGCAGUUAAUAGAAUGUAAAAAAAAUGUGAAUAUAGCCUAAAAAGUUUAUUUUUUGCCCAUCAUCUCAAAGUGAAACUCAAAUAGUUUCACAAAGUGAUGUUUCAAGCCUUUUUUCUCGUAAUUUCCAAGAUUCUGGCUUACAAGAUAGUUAAAACCCAAAAUUCAGUGUCUCAAAAAAAUUGAAUGCUGUGGGAAAAAAGUUAAUUAUUGGAAACUUAUGUCACACCACAGCUUAAAAACACCUGCAAAUGUUUCCUGAGCCUUUAAAGGCUCUCAUUCUGGGUCAGUAGGCGACACAAUCACUGGGAAUACUGCUGACUGGACAGAUUUCCAGAAGACGGCCAUCUGCACCCUUCACAAGGAGGGGAAGCGCCCAAAGGUCAUUGCUGAAAGCUGGUUGUUCAGAGUUCUGUAUCCAAGCAUGUUGAUAGAAAAUUGAGUGGAAGGAAAAAGCUGCACCAGUAACUGGGAGAACCACAGCCUUGGGAAUCGUCAAAUCUAUUCAAGAAUUUGUGGGAGCUUCACACGAAGUGGAAGAGCCACCACACACAGACGACUCCUACACAUGGGCUACAAGCGUCUUACCAGGGCUCAAUGGCCCAAAGUCCCGUUUUCAGAUUAAAGUAAAUUCUGCAUUCUGCAACAUUAAACUUUUUUGAGAUGUAACUGUAA